AUGGCAACCCAGUUCAUCGGCUUGCAUAUGCGGGUGGUGUUGAGGGACCCUCCCGGGAGCGAACUGACGGGGACAGUUGGCAAUGUCCAGGCAGGGAGCGGCUUAACAUUGACUAACGUGUUCGUCUCUGAUACCAAACAAUGGCUUCCUCACUUGCAGGUCCACGCCGCUAACAUCGCCGAUCUUGCUGAAGUCAAGAACGACAGUCCAGCGACAUAUGCGCCUCCUCAAGCCGAACCCAUCGCUGCGCCUUUCAUUUCGCAACCACCACCGCAACCUGCUUUUGUAGACCCUGCGAUCCUAAGUCUGGGGAGACCGCCAGCAGCAUUAACGCCGGCAGGCUCCGAUUCAAAAGGACCAUUGGAGGAUGUGAGAGCUGAACUACAAGUCGCUCCUACGAGUGCCGCUGUCUCAACGCCGGGGAGACCCACCCCUGACCACGACCUGACUGGUUCUGUCAGUAAUCUAGCCAUCAAUGAAGCGGUCCAGGAAAUGGACAAUGGCCAGCCAAUUGAAGGACAGGCACCGCGAUCCGCCAAGAAGAAAAACAACAACAACCGACGCUCUCGACAGUCCAAGCAAGGAAAGGGCCAGCGUGCUGAGGAUGAUGGUCAAGCUAUUGAGGGUUCACCCGCCAGUGGCCGAGGCAAGGGAUGGAGGCAAACACCAAUCCUGCAGAGUACAUCAUCUUUCCAACCAUUUCAUUCUCUGAAAAAGAGCUCCAAGGGGCGCAAAGGCCUCCUCGAUAACGGCUGGGCUUCUGAAGAUGUCACAGAAGAGAUGGGGGAGUUCGAUUUUGAGAACAACCUUGCGAAGUUUGAUAAACGCACCAUUUUUGAUCAGAUGAGGAAGGAGGAUCAAAUCGACGAUGCCAGCCGAUUGGUGUCUCACAAUCGAAAGCCAAAGCCUGGCACAGCUGGCGGAAAGAAUCUGCAUUACACCGAAAAUGUACUGGACCUGCCGUCCUCAACUAAGAAGGAUGCAGACUUCUGGAAUAGUGAGGCAGAUGAUGGAUUGAACGAGGCUGAGAGGCUUUGUGGACGGGAGGUUCGUAGUGGUCAAGGUAAUAGGAAGGCUGAUAGCAAAUCGGGUCCGUCACGAAGAUCACAGUCACGCAAGGCGAGCGCUGUUGCAGUUUCUGGCGGCCUUCCGCUAAGCCGCGUCAAUUCUGGCCAAGGUCAUCCGCCUGGCUUAUACCUCGUCCCUUCGCAUAAGCGUCUUGAAACCGUUUCAGCCCUGCAGAUGCUUAAUCUUGAGAACAUAGCAGCGAACGAGAUCGGCUUAACAGAACAGCUUAUGGCCGAGAACGGAGGGCGAGGUAUCGCUGAGGUUGCUCUGAUAGCCCUUUCAGAUCCUGCUAUCAAAGUACGGUUCGGCCUUGCUGGUGCAAAUCCCUCCUCCAGUGCUACAUUGACGAGUCCGGUGGUGGUGAUCCUGGCUGGCAAUAACAAAUCAGGUAUCCGAGCUAUUGCUGCUGCUCGCCAUCUGCGGAACAAGAACAUCAACAUGCUCGUGUGCUUAGUGGGUAUUGAGCGCGAGAAAGACUUGCUCGAAGACCUGCGGCAACAGAUUCAACUUUAUCGAGCUUUUGGCGGCAAAAUUCUCAGCAAGGCAGAUCUGUUUGAACAUUUGCGCAAAGCAUCAUCGUCAGGAUCACCUGUCUCAGUAUCACUCAUCAUCGAUGCUCUUCUGGGCUUGACCAUAUCGUUUGAAGAGCUGCGAACUGGUGACCAGGCUGCUGUUUAUGAGUUGAUGGAGUGGGCGAACCGAAACGAAGCGUUCGUGCUAUCGGUCGAUGUGCCAACAGGGAUCGACCCAACUUCCGGUAAAGUGGCAGUGAUAGAUGGUAGCCGCCUAUUCGUGAAGCCUCGAUACGUUGUUGCAAUGGGUGCUCCCAAGCGGGGCCUGCUUGAAGCCGUGACACCACCCGAUGAGGAUGACCCCCAGAACAUGAACAAUGCCGGACACGAAGAGGAAUGGCGUCUAUUCAUUGCGGACAUUGGCCUAGGAAGUGCCGUUUGGAGGAAGGCUGGAACCAAGAUUCGAAGAGGUAUCGACUUUGAUGAGAAGUGGUUACUGGAGAUGAAGUAUCGGGAUGGACAGCAGGACGGAACCGACUCAGAUGAGGAAUGA